GCUCAGGAGGAACAGUCAUUACUGCGCCAGUGGAACAUUCGACUCCAUCGAGUUUCCGAGAGACCACGAGAGUACCGCGCGCGACCCACGGAACAUCCGCGUGUUUAGACGUUCUUAUUCGAUCCGAGGUUACUACGAUGAUACUGUUCUCGGGGUCUAAUGAAAAUGUGACGUGAGCUUUCUACUGGGCAAAGGUUCCAGUCGAGAAAACGCAACAGCCAGUUUUUUAGUGCGGCACGCAUCAUCUACCGUUCGAAAUGCCAGUGAGAAGGACCAAUAUUCACGCGUUCGCCAGUGCGGUUGUGUCGGUACUCUGCUCGGCCCUAGUGGCGCUUCACGUCGGCCAGGUCACCGGGCAAUUAUUGGACACCGAGUUCCAGCCGACGGUCACGGCGACAUGCAAGGCUGGUCAUAUGACGAUAAGAGUGAACCUGAACCAGAGUUUCGUCGGUGCUGUUCACGCGAGGGAUUUUAGGACGCCGCAGUGCAUGACGCCCGGCAAUGGAACCACCCACGCGACCCUCGCCAUUAAUCUCCUAGCCCCCAAAGGCUCGCCGGAUUAUUGUGGCGUUCUCGUGAACAACGACACCGAGGAGCGGUCUAUCCCGAUCGCAGUGAGGAUACACAAGACCCUGGAGCUGGCGGACGAUAAAUUCUACGUGAUCACAUGCGGAAAAGCGGGAUUCAAAAACGCGAAGAACGAGACCUCGCUGGUAUCGCUGAGGGUUUUGGAGGGGGGCCACAAAGUGCAGGAGGCUAUUUAUGGUCACAACUACACGUUGCGUGCGGAGAUCUCGCGACCAGAUGGAAUGUACGGGAUCAAAGUUAAAUCCUGCUUCGCGUUCAACAAACGAAACACCAGCGUCCAGCUCAUCGACGACAAAGGGUGUCCCGUAAAGGCUCGGGUAAUGACGAAAUUCAUCUACGAUCGGAACACCGGACUGGCGGAUGCUACAUUGUUCUCCAUGUUCCGGUUCCCGGACAGUCCGCAGGUGCAUUUUCAAUGCGACAUCGCCGUGUGCAGAGGAAGCUGCGGUAUCCCCGUUUGCGAAGGCGAUAACGAGGAAGAAGUAAAGGGAGCGUCCUUAAUUAAUGGUCAGAGCGUGAGCGGCGAGGAAGGAGUGCUCCUAGCCGGCACGAGCGUGUUCGUUCUUGACCCUGGUCAAACGCCAUCGGUGCAAACGUUGUAUGAAGACGGCACCGUUCACCCGUUAUGGCUGCUGUGGCUGGCGGUGGCUCUCGGCAUUUUGUUCCUCAUCAUGCUGAUAAUCAAUAUAUUCCUAUGCUCGGCGAUGACCUGCAGCUGCACGAGGACCGACAUUAUCGAGAAGGAGCCGUCGAUUAUCGAGGACUACGAUCCGUAUCGGAGCUGGCACGGAUCCCAAUACGGCUCCAGGUACUCCUUAAACGGGAAGCAGGGAUACGCUUCCGGUGGGUCGACAAUGAAUUCCACGAGGUCGAUAUCGACGAACAGCGAUCAUUAUGCUAUAGUCCACUCCCGACCUGGCAGUAGAUACUCUGGUCCAGGCCAGAAGCAUCAUCACCACCACAGAGGGCCUCCGUCGAACAUCGGCUCUCAUUACUCGGCUAAAUAAUCAGUUAAUAAAAAAAUAACUGAGAACAAUUAACUGUUCAGGUUCAAUUAACAAAAUUGUAACAACGUAAUUACGUAACGAGUAAUUAUAUCCUCGAUAGAGUCAUUUGCUCAUACCGUUCGUGUCUUAAACCGAUCACUCCGGGCGACGCGAAGAAGAAAAAUUCUUAAUUCUAAGCACGAUUUCAUAUUAAUUAAUCGCCAGUUGUUAAUCAGGCUCUGAUUAAGACUGUUCGUUAGUAGAUACGAAAGUGAAAAGCUCUUGGCUAGACCGUACCUAUAUGUAUCAUAUAAUAGUCAUAAGCAUAGGUAUUUAGCAUUUCCUUUUUUUUUUACAACGUAAUAAUUAUCGUACUUAAUUAAGUGGAAUUGGAACGCUUUUGUACAUAAAAAUUCACUUGAUCA